GCUUCUGUAAACUUCAUGACAGUUGCUUUCCAAAGCAUCAGCAGUGAUCCCUGCUACAAUUAUCGGCCUCUGGAUCGUCCCUGGAUAGCCAACAAUGAAAGUGGAGAUUUCAUUUGUGAUGAAACUUUAGUUUGGAAUGGCUGGUACCGGCUUUUCUACUAUGGAAUGGACAUCCGGAUGCCAGAGACAUGUGUUAGUUCAUCAUACUGUAACACAGGAGUCAGUCUGUCGCUUAAUGGUCCUCAUCCUCAGGAUGGAGUGGUGACCAGGGAGGUCUGUGGGGAGGCCUGUGGGGAGGCUUAUUUAAGAGGCUGCUGGAAUUACAAGUCGAAACCUGUAAGAGUGAAAGCUUGUCCAGGCAAUUACUAUGUGUAUGAACUUGUGAAUCCACUAUUUGGGUGUUCAGGAUACUGCACAGAUGUCAGCACUAUUUCACAGCUGGUUUCCACUGUAGGUCCAGAUAUAUUCACUGGAUCCAGCAUUACACUGAAUGAUGACCCGUGCAAUAACUACAACAUACUCAACGACUACUCAAGAAACACACACCACUCCUGGUUUGUAUUUGGAUUUGGAUCUGUACUUGAUGACACUCUUGAAGAAUGGGAUGGCUGGUAUCGACUCUUCAUGAAUGACUUGAGUGCUCAGAUGCCUGAAUGGUGUUUUUAUUACAUGUCAUGUGGAGGUUUUAGUGCUCUGUGGCUUGGUGGCUCUCAUCCUCGGCUAGAAGAUGGAGUUGUUACUCGUGAAAUUUAUGGCUCUUAUCGUGAUCAGUGCAGUCACUACAGAUCCGACCCAAUCCAAGUCAAAGCUUGUCCUGGAAAUUAUUAUGUCUACAAAUUUACUAGACCUAUGGUUUUGAUCCCAGCUCCUAGAUAUUGUGCAGUAUCUUUCAGCACUCCAAGUGUCGAUCCCUGCUACAACUAUACCAGUCUGGAUGAGCCUUGGAGAGCCACUGACCAUUAUAACUUGGGCAUGUGUGAUUAUAAUGUGGAGUGGAAUGGCUGGUACAGGCUGUUCUACAAUGGUCAAAAUGCUCAGAUGCCAGAAUCAUGUGUUAAUCAGUAUAUGUGUGGUACUGAUCAACCACUGUGGCUCAACGGCCCUCACCCACAGCUGGAAGAUGGAGAGGUCACCCGUCAGAUCUGUGUGUCCUCAUGGAAUGGCUGCUGUACUUACACAUCCCACCCUAUAAGAGUCAAAGACUGUCCAGGAAAUUACUAUGUUUAUGAGUUUGUCAAGCCACCAUUUUGUUCAUCUUACUGUGUAGAUGUCACAGGCCUUAAUGCAACGUCUGCAACAACAGAGACAAUCCCAGCUAUAGAAACCAUAACUAUGCCCAUCACUACCACCGAUGUGAGAGAUCACUGUUCUGAGCUCAGCUGCUCUGAGGAUGAAAGAUGUGGGGAAAGAAAUGGUUUUUAUGGCUGUUUAUGUAAUGCAGAGCAACCUAGACUACAACCUGACUCUUUUGAUUCCUCAGAAACCUGUGAAAGCAGGUUCUCAAUGAUCCCAGCUGCAAAGGAACGGUCCGGAAUGGCAGAGUGGAAUUCCAUUUUGAUAAUGAUGAACACAUCUGUGGUACAAAUCUUGUGUUAUUAUAAAGUGUUACCUUAUUAUGCUAACGGCACCCACUUCAUUUAUGAUAACUUUAUUCUGGGGACACCGAGGUCAGAAGGUCUCAUCAUCAGCAGACAGAAAAUCCUGAAGCUUUCUUUCAGCUGUGUUUAUCCUCAAACACAAACACUUUCCAUGAAUGUGGAAAUCAACCCACUGGAGAGCAUUGUCCACAAGACUCUUCCCGCUGGUGAAGGCAGAUAUCGAGUCCGGAUGAUUCCAUAUCAGGAUGAUGAGUUUACCCGGCCCUUCACUGGUGCAGUGGAUGCAGAGCUCGACCAGGAGAUGCAUGUGGAAGUUCGUGUUGAGGGGGUCGACAGCCGCCAGUUUGCCCUGGUGAUGGACACGUGUUGGGCUACACCUGUGAAUGAUCCUGAUUACAGCCUCCGCUGGGAUCUCAUCGAUUCAGAGUGUCCCAAUCCAAAUGACAACACAGUGGAGCUGCUGCAGAACGGCGUCUCCUUCAGGAUGUUCAUCUUCACUGCAAACUCCACUAAGCUUUACCUGCACUGUGCUGUUCACCUUUGCCUUCUGUCAAGCAAUCGCUGCUCAAUGGACUGUGACUCUGGACACCAGCGGAGAGAGCGCAGGUCUCUGGACUUCCAUGACAGUGCUUCCAUAUCCAUGGGUCCUCUGAUGUUGUCUGAAGGGAACACAGAUAAGUUGGUUCCAGACCAAGUGAAGGUAUCUGAGGCUUCUUGUCUGUGUGGUUCUCUGUUGGUGUUUCUUGUUCCUCUGAUGAGUGUCCUGACACACUUUUAGUUUAGUACCACGACAUUUUACAUGCAUAUUGUUUAGAAUCAUUUUAAUUAAUGCUUAACUGAUGCCACAGUGGUUGUGGGUUUCUAAACAUUUCUUUAUUUUAUAACUGAUAUUAUUUGUUUAUGAUUAAUUAUGUGGCAUAAAAAAAGAAUUAUUUAAUCAUUUACAUUAAUUUUUAUGUAGUACAUUAAUUCUGAAUUACUUGAGAGGAUGUGCUAUAAAACAGUGACCAUCAGAUUUGUGUUUAUUCAAAUCAUAUAAAAACAUAAUUGGGCCAUUUCUGUUCUGUGGAAAUCUGAUGUUAUAAUAAUAGAAAAUGAACUAAUAUGAUUUUAUUUUCUUAAAAAUUGUGUUGUAAUAUUUUAUUCAGGUAUUUGGUAUAAGGCAUGACCCAAAAUG